CAAAAUCAGUUUCAUUGCCGAGGGAUCACUUGAAAAUACUAACAGGAUCUAUUACUUGCAAUGGAAUGAUUUUCGGACAAAUAUAACACAAGACAAUAUGAUAGUGUGUGGUUGUUCUGCCCUUUGGCUUCAAGAAUACUUGAGAUCCAAUCGUCCUUACUAUGAGACUGUCCUAUGUGGCUAUCCUAUUGAGGUCAGAGGUCAAAGACUAAGGAGUGUGGACAUAACUAAUUGCACAAAAGGAUUAAAGGUAUCAGUGACUCCAUCAUCAGAGGUUAAUUAUGUGCAGAGUGGUGCCUGUCUUGAGCUGCAGUGUAAAGCAAAUCAAAAUGUUGAUGUAACGUGGAAAAGAAUUGUUAAAGGAUCUGAACAGGCACUGGAGGAGGAUCACUCUUCAUUUUGUACUAAUAAAAGUGUUGAUAAUUGUGGCAACACUGACACUGAAGGACUGCUAGUAUUAAAGGACAUUGCAGCUGCUGAUCAAGGAAUAUACGUGUGCACAGCUACACUGGAAAAUGUCACUAGCUCUGUAAUUCGACAAAUUCAAAUUGGAGAACCUCCUGUGAUUGAGAAGAGUCCUAUUAGUGUGGUUGCUCGUGAUCCUCCAUCUUAUGUUAUUUUUGAAGCAGCAGCAAGAGGGAACCCACCACCAGUACUGAAAUGGUAUCACAACUCAAAUGAAAUUGACUUCAAAAAUACCACAAAGAUGUAUUUGACCAGUACUGGGUCAUUGAUUAUAUUGGGUCCUCAGUUUGAGGAUAAUGGUCAAUAUAAAGUAGUGGCAGACAAUGGAGCUGGCUCAGUAGAAGCAGCUGCCAGUCUUACAAUAUACUUCAGGUCAGCCUGCAAUAGAGGGUCUGGUUGCUCUAAUGAUGGACAGUGUCUCCCAGUACAUUACUGCAGGUGUCCUGAUGGAUAUUCUGGUGAUGGAUGUGAGGAAAGUCAGGAAACACCUUCUUCUACAACCCCUACUACACCUCUUCCUAGUUCCGGUGAUUAUUAUUAUUCUGGUGAUUAUUACUAUUCUGGUGACUAUUACUAUUCUGGUGAUAAUGAGAAUGAUUAUAAAAGAAAGAAAAGAGGUGUUGCUUAUUCGCAGUAUGAUUAUGAUUUUAUUGACACAUCAGUAUCAUCGAGUCGUAAGAAAACUUUGGGCAAACAACGAAGAAACAAGAAUAAAUUUAAAAAGACUUAGAAACUUGAUAAAGCAAAAUUUGCAAUAAAAAUAAAGGACAAUAUGACUUCAGCAUACUAGAUACAUUGUUUGAUUUAAUUUUUAUU